CUACAAGUGGAAAGCGCAUGGUUCUUAUCAGCAGCCGCGAAACUAAAUAUUUUAACCGAUUUAGAGCUUCAAAUGUUAUCACAAUUGUACUAAAUAUUACUGGAACAACGGCAUUCCGAAUCUAUAGACGUUGCGGCCAAAAUUCAGCGUGACAGUAUUAUCGGCACCGCAACCGGAAGUCCCUCCAUGGUUAUAUGGUAUUCCACUAAAGCGCAAAAUACUGUAUACCCUUAGCAUGCGACAAUAACUGUGGAUCUUUGCCAUAUAUUCGCAUGAAACUUUUGUGAUUCAUGGUGUCAUAGUAGCUGAGAAUACUUUUUACGGUUAAUUCAGGAAUCCCCAAUAACCGCAACGGAAAGAUAUCUAGUAAUCUAGAUAUCUAGUAAUCUACAGACUGAUUUAAAAUGGUGGACGUUGUCGAUGGCGAAGGGUUGAUGGAGAUGCAUGCCGGCACAACAUCCUCGCUGAAGCGUGCGGCGCCCACUCCGCCGGAAAUGCUGCAGCCGCGUCACGGCGGCGGUGGUGCAGCUCCGCCCCAGGUAGCGCCUCGCCGCAUCUACGCCGCACAGCAUCAGCCUCCCGUCGAACGCAACGGGCAUAUUAUCGCGCAGUCACCGGACACGCAUUCCGAUUACACUCCCUCCGACACAUCCGUGCAUGAAGAACAGACGGCCAGGAUGAUGCUGGAACGGGAGAACAGCGGGGUGGUGGUCAGUGGGCUCAGCAGUCGCCGGUCCAGUGGCUCCGAGAGGGAUGACACGCUGACGCUCAAUGUCAUGCUGCCCAGCAAGGAAACGGUGCCGUUCCAGGUCAAUAAGCGAAUGCCGUUGAUGGACCUUUUGAUACAUGUGGCGUCCACUCGGCAUUUCAACCCAUCGGAUUACGCUGUGUAUAACCCCAACGCCAAAUAUCCCACCGCACUGACGCCCAACAUUCCGGUCGGCGAACUCAAUACGGACGCCGUACAGAUCGUCCCCAAGAGUAGCCCACUGUUGCAUACUCUCAGCAAAUCCAAGCCGGCAUCGACGAAGAGCAGUAUGCGAUCCAAUCGCGAAGAACCAUUCGAGAAAACCUUCCGUUUACAAAUUAACCUCCCACAUAAACAAAUGAUGGUCCUACGUGUGAGCGGUAAGCAGACCUACAAUGAUGUACUGGCGGAUAUCUGCCGUGAAAAAGGCUUCAAUCCGACGGCCUAUACGUUGCGGCAUCCGAACAAUCCCCAACAGCCGCUGGAUAUGUACCGGCAGCUAGCUGAGGAUCGGAUCAAUGAGAUAAAUCUGGUCCCGUCCUUUCAAGAUACGAUUGCCCGGCAUAGCAAACGCUUUACACCAAACUCCGGCAUCGAUAUGGAAGUGCCAGAAAAGCAGGAGAAAAAGCGCGGAUUUGAUUUAUUCCGAUUAUGCCGCAAGAAACGCGUGGUAACCAGUCAGUUGACCGCUGCCAAUGUCCCGCCAUCCGGCAACCCCUUAAAAUCCAGUAAACACAUCAGUAAAUCCAUAUCAACCCUUGCGGAGAUAGCUCCACCGGUAGUGCGGGAACCAUCAAAACCUACCCGCAGCAGUAAACGCCACGCUCCCGCACCGCCCCCUCCCGGACCCGUUCCGCUGACCACCGAAAUCCCUGUCCGUACGCGGCACCACUCGGAAUCCAGCGGCUACGAUGAAUCGCUCGUUCUCAGCAAUUCGCCGGAACGCGACGAUCACAUGAUUUCCCCUCCGGUACAGAUCGCCGACGAUCUACCGGAUAAGAGCAUCAUCAUCGCCAAAAUGCCGGUGUCCGCCCGCAGCUCGACGUCCACGCCGGACUCCGGACUAAAGAGCGCCAGCGAGACGGUGGUCAAAGUCGGUACCCAAAUUUCGAAAAAGAAGGCGCCCGCGCCGCCGCCCCCGCCUCAUGACGAGCCACCGAAGGAAAGCGUUACGGCGAAGGAUAGCGCCGUUGUUAUUGACCAAGGCCGGAGCCGUUCGACCAGUCAGGCCAGUGUGCACAGCGUGCCGGCGCCGGCGCUGCCGCCGAUGGAUGCUGCAACCAGUGCGUCGAUAAAAGCUGACGCUGUCGGCGUGGAUAGUCGGCGUUCGUCCGAUAGCAGUCACAAAACAGUCAGUGAUGCCGUGUCAACGGCGGUUGUUACCGCGGAAAACAAAUUGUCGGAUGGGCAAUCAUUGGGCGAUGACCUGAGCACCACGAGUUUCUCCUUCGAGCACGGCCGCGACAACGGGCACGAUUUCGAUGAGAGCUCCGUGGACGGCUCGAUGGAUAUCCACAAUGAGAUUCACCAGAUUGCGGUGGCCGAAGCGGAACGCGACGCGGAAUCCCACAGUCCCCACGCCAGUCACCUUGGAAACUGGGAGGGCAUGGACGGGAAAUUCCGCAGUAAUUCGUUGGCGGAACUGCGACGUUCCUAUGCCGCAUCCACUUCGUCGGAAGAGUCGGGAUCGAAUUGGGCCGGGGAGACCACCACCACAAUGGUGGAGGUGGAUCGCGAUACCAUGUCGCUUCCCGUACAUUCUCCCAAGAACGAUGACACGUCCAGUCUGGAGCCGGAGAAGGACGAACCAGAGACGGUGGUGGUGCAGGCGGCGUCACCGAUGCGGCGGCUUAUUUCCGGUAACUCGACACCAGACUCGGGAAUCCAUUCCCAACGGGCGUCUCUAAAAGAACGAGUUCCCGAUAAUCUGGAUACGGAAGUCAUUCAUUCUCCGAAGCCAUCUGUAUAUAAAACUGAAACACCUCCAACCUCCCCGAAACUGGUGGUAGACGUGCCGCCUUCGACACCCAAACCUGAUUCAGUUCCAUCUUCGCCGGUGUCCAAGACGCCCUCGCCGGACACUUCGAAACCUUCCAGCCCCAAACCCCUCUCUCCCCCGUUAAUAAUAUCAACCGCAGCAACACCCACCAAUAUUCCGUCCCCGUCUCCGAAGCCGGAAAUCACAGUGGACGCUGUGCGGACGGAUUCCCCGCCCAAGUCAGUCACUCCCAAGCCGACGCCACUGCAUUUGGCUCCGACACCCAUACCGGUAGGUGACCGGCUAAGUGAACCACCCUCCCCGUCGCCUUCGGUAUCAUCGGUCGUCAGCAAUGCGCCGACGUUGCCGGAAAGCACCCCGCCGCCGGUGCCGUCUUCUAAACCGGUUAUGGUCUUCCCGCCGCGGUCUCCGGCACAUGUCAGUAUUUCCUCCUUCAAAGAUCAGCAGCCGAAUAGGUACAAGGAGAUCAUUGCGCAGCAGUCUCAAACACCGUAUGAGUCGGCAGUGGAUUUGCCCAGCACAGCGUCUUCCGAAUCAUCGGCUGCGGUGCUCUUGAAACGUGAUGAUUUACUGAACAGAAAGACUGUGGAUUUUGGACGAUUCAGUACUAUGCCAUCUUUGGGUCAAGCUAACAGUGCUCCACCACUUGUCUCCAACUUGACAAGAUCGGAAGUGCUACCCAGUGCGAGUUAUAUAAAAUCGGAACCUAAGAAUGUGGAAUCCGACAUCUCUCGGGCCUUGUCUCGGGAAGAGCUGAUGAGAGAGAUGAGAACCGUCCAGCAGUGGAUCAGCGACAUCAACACCCAAAUGGCUACUAUCCAGUUGGGCGGCACCAUCACCCCAGAGAACUUGGUUCUCAUCGCUGAUAAACAGCGUCUUCUGCAGGAGCAUAUGCAGCGUCAGAUUGUUUUGACUCAGCAGUUACUGGAGCAAGAUGAGAAGACCACUAAAGACAGCAAAUUUAAACGCCCACCCAGCCCGACGCGUCCCGUUCAUCGAUCGGUGGUGCCUAACCCCGCGCUUCCCAUGCCGAAAACGGUGGGCGGCGUGCCUUAUUCUGAGAUUGUCGCGUUACCGCGAAAGAAUCCCCAUACCCCGGUAUAUUCAUCGGUUAUGGCGGAUGAUAUGGAACGAAAAGGUCGCGGUGCUGGGGAUGAGAUUCGGGAGAGCCGGUCCCGACUGCGAGAUAGCUGGGUGACAGACACAUCGAGAAGGUUUGAGUCUCCCAAUCGCAGCUUCGAUGCCGCUCAAUCCUCGCAAGAUGGCCACACGAUGACAACCCGCAUCAACAUCUCAACGGGCACCCAACCGACGCAAUCGGAUAUGAAUCCCACAUUCUCCUUCUCCACCACUCGCGCUCCGUCUGCAUCCGAAUCGGAGGCGAGAGAGAACAAACACUCCCCUUCGUCCUCUGUAGAAUAUUCCCGUAAUUUCGCUAACAUCCCGGUAAACCGCCGGACCUCCCAGCAAUUUGCCGGCAUGCCGUCCGUUGUGGCUUCCGUCAAACCCACCCCGGUGCAACCGGCAGUCCGCCCCCCGGCACAGAACACCGCCAACCGCUUAUCCUACCACGGUGCGACGAAUCAGCGCGAUUGGAAGACAGAUACACUGACCAGCGGCGUCCGUAGCCGGGCCGUGGAGGAUUCAGUGGAAACACCGCCUGUCGAAGAGCCGACGGUCAAAAGCAACCGCUUCAGUUAUCACGAAGGCGGUGCACCGCGGAAGAAUACCGGCCCGUUGCGGGCGGUCAAUACCCCCGAACAGUCGACCAUCGGGAGCACCAGUACACUGAAUACGGAAUAUAAAGAGGAUCCGAUUGACAGUAUUGUGCGCAGCUGGAAAAGUGGAACACCCACACCGUACCAUCAUGUGAACGUUAGUCCGAGCCGUGCUGGGACGUUGAGGAAGGACCCGGUGGUCGUUCGCGAUGAAAAUAAAGUACCCUUGCCGCCACCGGCGCCUCCGCUUCCGCCAAAGUUGCCGGAAAUGACGCGAAGUGUUUCGAUGCCUAUCAAGAAAAGCAGUGAGAAUAUUUCAGCUGCCAAGUCGCAGCAGGACAUGAAGUCGGAGUUGAUGGAUGAAAUUAAGAAUUUUUCUGUGAAUUCUUUACGAAAGGUGCCUGCAUCGACGCAGAAGAGUUGGGUUCCAAAGAUUCGAUGAGGGACAACCUGCAUCUGCUUCAGUGUUUUUAUAUCAGACAAGAGCUUUCCUAAUUGCCGCUUUUUGCUUUUUUUACAGAAUGCACUAUUUUAUUUUUGAAUAUUAUUAUUAUUUUGGUGGUUAGGUCCAGGUUUGGCACAAUCGGUACCCGUUUCUAGAAUGGUGGUGUUUUGGUUUAGGAAUGUCUGUGAGCAGGUGUUUUGUUUAGUAGUAGGGUUGUGAUGGACGUUGUACCGGUUUCUACAGUAGUGGCUUAAUUUUGUGAUUUUUUGUAUGUGCGGCGAAUUCGGCAGUGCGCAUGGUUUGAUUGGUGCAUAAGCUACUCAAAUUAAUAUCCUAAAAAAUUUAUUCUCGCAUGAUAUUGACAGAAUUAUGAAUUUAUGGUAAAAACAAGAACAGAUUUGACAUAGAA